AUGACGGAUCCUGCGCAUACCAUCAAUCAUCCUCAUUUAAAUCUUCUAUGCAAUAAUCUUUACAAGUCUCUAAACUUGUUUGCUGGUGAAUUUGGCUCUAAACCGUACAGUGCAACAGACGUUUGUACUCGGAAGCACAUAAGGAGCAAAAUUUUGGAUGAAUAUCUAUCAACAUCGCAAUAUACCCCAAAAACAACUGCAAAAUCACAAAUUAUUGGACAAUGUGAAGAUGAUGUCCCAAAGAUAAAAGUUAGGAAGGGAAAGUCCUCAUUAGCGGAGGUAAUUGAUUCUGUAGAUGCAGAAUUGUCUUAUAAACAUCAAAGUAGAAACAAAGUUCCAUAUCUGGAUGUUAAUGUAUCAGAUGAAGUGUGUCUAAAAAUCUCUAGCAAACGCAGCUUGUUGGCUAUAUCUGACAAGACAUCGUCAACAUCUAGCGACGUUUCUCUACCUAAUACCGAUAACUUAACUACGUAUGUAAGAGAAACAAUAUCUGCCGGUCAUGAAAUCGCAAAUCUGGAUAUAAAACCCAAGCAUGGAAGGAUAUUGAGAAAUAAACCUACAUGGCAUCCACCAUGGAAACUACAUCGCGUAUUAAUAGGACACCAUGGAUGGGUUCAUUGUGUGGAUGUAGAUAUAUCAAAUGAAUGGUUUGUAACAGGUAGUGCUGAUAGGCUAAUAAAGAUUUGGGAUCUAGCCUCCUGUCAAUUAAAAUUAUCUUUGACUGGUCAUAUAAAUUCUGUCAGAGAUGUAAAAAUAUCGGAUAAGCAUCCAUAUAUUUUCAGUUGUGCAGAAGACAAUACAGUCAAAUGUUGGGAUAUUGAACAAAAUAAGGUUAUAAGAAGUUAUCAUGGACAUCUAUCUGGAGUUUAUACACUUGCAUUGCAUCCAGCCCUAAAUGUACUAUUCAGUGGAGGAAGGGAUGCAGUUGUGCGUGUUUGGGACAUUAGGACAAAGCAAGCUAUACAUGUUCUCUCGGGUCACACUGAUACGAUCAUGUCAAUUGUAAGUCAAGCUAGUGAACCACAGGUAAUUUCUGGCUCACAGGACCAUACUGUACGAUUAUGGGAUCUCGCUGCUGGUAAAUCAUUCGUUACACUAACUAAUCAUAAAAAGGGUAUCAGGUCAAUAUCAGUCCAUCCUACCGAGUACUCAUUUAGCACUUGUGCUGCAGAUAAUGUAAAGGUGUGGAAGUGUCCGGAGGGCGUCUUCCAUAGGAAUCUUACCGGGCACAAUUCCAUACUAAACUGUUCAGCAAUAAAGGAUGAUGGAGAAUCUUCUAUAUUAGUGGCUGGAUCAAACAACGGGCAACUGCAUUUCUGGGAUUGGGCUAGUGGAUACAAAUUCCAAACGCUGGAAAGUACUGUUCAAAGAGGAUCACUAGAAAGUGAAAAUGGAAUUUUUGCAUGUUCUUUUGAUAAGAGUGAAAGCAGGAUCAUAACAGCAGAAUGUGACAAAACUAUAAAAAUAUGGAUUCAGGAUGAAACUGCCACACCAGAAACUCACCCAAUUAUAUGGAAACCUGAGGCAAGGGCAAGGUAUUACUAA